AUGGCAAACGAAAAAGGCAUCGGCUCGUUGGUUAUGGCUCCAUUACCGGUUUCAGAUCCCCUGAAGGCGGCACCGGUUCAGAAGUCGAUACUGAGGCGCAUGAUACGGAAGCUGCGAACGUCCUUGAAAAUCAAGCAGAAUAGCCUUUCACCAUCUCUGCUGACCACAAAGUCGAAUCAAAGGUCUGUUCCGAGCCUUGGACAAAGCCCCGUAUCUGGUAUCGCUCAAGUCUUGGCGGACAGCAUUAGUCUAAGCACCCCGCCAGAAAGUGAAUUUUCAGUCUCCUCGCCAAUUGGUCUUCCUACUCCUCCAGCAGUUCGGUUCGCUGACGCGCCUGUUCCUCCAACCUCGUCAAUCCCGAACUUGCAUACUAUUAAGGCAGAGAAUCUGAUAAACCUUUGCAACUUAGCUGGGCCGACAGCUAAAGAUUGCAAAAACGCUUUGGUUGUUGACGCAAGCAGGAAAAUCACGUUCAAGCCAGAACCUGUUGACCAGAGCUCGUUUGGCGUAUCUAGGCAGCAAACCAUCGACGCCUUUCUCCAAACGACGUCUAUGCGCUACAACCGCCUCUACAUGGGCCUUCGGUUCGCCCUCACACUCCUCAGUCUCGCGACCUCCGCCUGGAUCCCACCACAGCUUGCCAAAAACGACAUCUUUCUCGUCUGCAGUGAAGCGGGAGGCCAAACAACAAGGCCAUUCGGCCCCUUCUUUGCCAAGAGCUCCCGCGACCUGCAGCCCCCGAGUCAUACAGCGCAGCAGAGAAUGUGGAAUGCAAAGUCCACGCUGUUGUUAUUGGGCAUUGUCCUGUUGGAGCUUUUCCAUGGGGAGACGCUAGAGAACCAAGCCUCGUGGGCGGAAUCUCUGGAUGAGAACGGGCAGCCGAACGAGAUAACCAUGUUUUGCGGGGCUUUCCUUUGGGUUGGAAGGGCGCAGAAGUCGAUGAAGGAGUACAUUGGUGAAGAUCUCGGCGGGGGCUUGUAUGAGGCUAUUCGCAAGUGUAUUUGUUUUGACUUUGAUCGCGAGGACGACUUUGGCGACUCGAGGUUUGCGGAGUUGGUGUAUCGAGAGGUUGUGGUGCCGUUAGAGAAGUGUUGCCCACAGUUCUAG